AUGGAUGAAGCAACCAGGCUCGUAGGGGAGCUUUCUAAGAAGCUUACCGAACUGGAUCACAAGGUGGACUUAUAUCGAAAAGAUAUGAAUAAGGAAUUUAUUAAGUAUGAAGAGGAUUUAUUGAAGAAUGUUUCUCCCAAUGUUUCCAAGGAAGUUUCAAAAAUCGUUGCCGAAAAAUUAAAGAAUUACAAGGCUCUUUAUCCUUUCGUCUCUUCUAAUAAUAACAAUAAUCCAACCGAUAACUUUGACUCAUACGCCAUUGGCACAGGCACAGGUCCAGGUCUAGGCACAACAAACACAGGCACCGUCACAGGUACGGCCAACAACAACAACAGUCACAGUUCCUGCAAUACAACCACGGCUACCGCCACGACCACGACCACGAACGCAAUCACGAGCUCCCGUGCAGAUGCAAAUCUGAUGACAAACGGACUUCCCAAAGCAAUGAACUCACCAUCAAGUACCGCUACCUCGGCGCAAACAAUUCCUAAUCAUACGAGAAAAGAAGAAGAAGAAGAGAUUGACCGCCCAAGAAGUCCACAUGCGCGAGAGAAGGAAUUUACAGGAGUCUUUACACCAAGUUAUCUGCCAUUGUUAGAAUCCAACAGUCGAUACGAUCCAAGAUCCGAUUCGAUUAUUGAAGUAGAUAAUAAGUCAAGAGAUACACAAAUGGAUACCUCGUCGCUGUCGCAGUCGCAUGUUGAUGCAAGUACAGAUACUAGAUCCUUGAAUCCUUCUCCAGAUCUAACACGUCCUUCAACACCCAAAAGAAAGAACACGGAUGAAAUAUCAAUCACAUCCAACAGUAGCAGCGAUGGACCUCGUCGCAGGAGCGCUUUACGAAGAACAUCCAGCAAUUCUAAGAAUACAAGUCCUCGAAGAGUUCGUUUCGAUGUAGAGGGAGAAGAGGUGUUGCCAACUUCAUCGCCCAAGGAAUUGGAGCCCAUCCUUCCGCCCUCCUUUUCGGAUGACUCAGAUGAUGAGGCUGGUUCGGAGAUGGUCGAAGACAUUGAUGCGCCACCACCAAAGAGAAUAUCUUCUUCACAAGCAUUACGAGCUUUAUCCAGAGGGCCCCCGGAGGAUGAUGGAACACAAUGGACCACCGUAGUUGCCCCGCCAGACGGGUCAGCUUCAGUUGAUACUUUGGAAGAUGACGAUUCUACAAGCAAUUACUUCGAUUCUAGAUCAAGCCCCCCAGCCUCUCGCGACGAAAAUAUCCCGCCAAUUUCUACACCGAUCCCAAUACAAAUCACCAUGCCCGAAGUUGAAGCGCAAGCUCAAGUAAAGCAUGUAGAGGUUUUACCAGAGGAGGAUACAGAUGCUCUAUCGGAGGAUGAUAUGUUAGAUAUGCCACCUCUACGGCAAAUGAGAAGUCAAAAUAAACAACCUGCUCGCAUUCUAUCGCCGAGGAAGAACGAAAAUCCAGAAUCGGCAAUUUCUGCCUUGAAGAUCAAGUCGCCAAACAAACCACUUACACUCGAGACCUUAGAGCCUAGUGGAGAGAGUGAUGAGAAGUUGGACAACUUAACCUUCCAAGAUGACGAACAAGAAGAUCUGUUUUCCUUUGACGAAAACCCAGAUCGCGGAAGCCGACCUCAAGAUGAAGAAGAUGAUUCAGAUGUAGAAGCACCUACCUCGCCUAGUAUUGAAGAGAGUCUUGACAAUCUUGAGCUUUCAAAAUCCCCUGCUCGUCCGAUUCCACAUAGCUUCAUUAAUCACAAAGCAACGAUAGCUCCAGCCCCUGCACAUGGAGUUGUUGGUUCCUACAAAGGUCGCCCAUUCAGUAUGCCUGUUGUCAACGAUGAGGUACAUGCCAAUGCCGCAUCAAUGGGAGCAAUGAAUUCAUUCGUUGGAAGUGUCAACGGUCGCAGUGGACUUGACGCAAGUGAUAUCUUAAGCUUUAGAACAAGUGGAGGAGUGGAAAAGUUGAGAUCGAAAGACCCAGCAUUGAAGGAUUUCAUGAAGUCGAAUCAGGAACUCGGAGGCAAGCAUAUUGGAACUCAUGGAUGGCAUACAGCCUACGGGAAAUUGGUUCAUGGUCAUCGAUUUCGACGUCAUCAGAAUAUGACGAAUGAGGAAUCUGAUGAUUUAGGUAUGGCAUGA